AUGAGGCCACUGUGCCUCCAGCUGAUUUCUUUUUUUACCCUCAACAAACCAGGCAAAGAUGGUACAGAUCCGAAAGAAAAGGACUGGGACGCUGAAAUGACCCGUAUAAAGGAGAAAGAGUGGUUCGCGAAUCACCCACAGUACAGUGAUAUCCAACAUGUGUGUGGCAUUGAUCGACUAAUGGCCACCAUGAUAUCUUUACUGGCCGAAAAAAUGGUCACGGAGGUUCCCAAUCUGGUCCGUGAAAUGAAAGCCCUAAAAGAAGAGGUGGAUGAAACGCUGAAAGAACUUGAGGACAGCGAAGUCCCUGAGUCGGACGAGGGAAAAGGGGCGGUUGCGAUGAAGCUAAAGCAAAACCUCAUCACAGAGUUGGAGAAACUUCUCUUUAACAAUACUUCCGACAUGGAAGGAGGCGAAAACGUGAGACAGCUGUUUAAUUCAUUCUGUGAGGCCGUUUACCAGGUUGAUCCUCUGGCUAUGCGCAAUGAUGACGACAUAAGAACAGAACAAAGGAGGUUGGAGGGUGUGGCCGCCCCGCUAGGAGAGGGCAGUGAAAACAGUCAGCUACUGCAGAAGCUGCUCUACGAGAAUUACACAGGAUAUCACCAGAAAGACCGUAAACCAGUCUCCAUGGCCAGCCCUAUUGAUCAACUGUUUCCCAUAUCAAAGAAGCUGGUUGAAAAUGUCCAGGAAACUCUACGGAACAUCGUUCAAAAGACCAUCCAGCGCUGCCUGUCCAAGUUUCCCACCCUCAAAACAGCAGUCGAAGCGAAAGUUGUGAACAAAAUCUUUGAAACCAAACGCGACCAGACCAUUCAGUUCAUCCGACAGUUUCUGGAAAUGCAGAAGAAAAGCAUUGACGUGGUGUUUGCACCAAUCCCCACGCCAGACGAAAUAGAUCAGUGGAAAUCGCAGAAGUUGACUACGAGGGAAGGCCUUAGCAAGACUCAUCCAUGCAUGACAUCGAAAACAAUGAAUCACAUGGAGCACCUCGCGGAAAAACUCUACCCUCGGCAUCUGGUAACCGAGAUUGAAGGUCACGGCAGCAGUUCCGCACAUACUGCGUUUGUAAACCACAAGGAACUUGAGGAUAUGAAGAAUCUAAAAAGGAACGUAGUUCGAUGCUUCAACGUGUUGAAAAUGAACGUGUGUGACACAGUCCCUCGCUGCAUCUUUCAUUUCUUCGUCACGCAGUUGGUAGAUGACCUUCGCCGCGCCUUGGAGAAGGAGAACUUGGUCGAGUUCCUGCAGGAGAGGAAGGACAUCCGGGACCAGCGUGAAAUGCGCAGGAAACAGUCCCAGGCUCUGGAGGAAGCGCUGCCACGCACCACUAACGUAGUAGACAAACUGCUCUGCAUGAAACAGGGAUCCCCAGUAAAAGGUGGCAAGAUUUACUGAACUGGAACAAUCUUUUCAUUUGUUGUCUUUAAGGAAAGUGCCUUACUUAAGAAUUUUUGCACGUUUGUUUAAUUUGCAUCGUUUGGCAUGGCAUGACUAUAAGCUCAUUUGUUCCAUAUCACGGGGAUGCGUAGGGUGACAAUUCUAAUCGUAAAUGCUGUUUGAGGAGUACCCGGAUGUAGACGGAUCAUCGUAAAUUUUUUAAUCCCUUCUCUCAAGUUUUGUGAAACUGUCUGAUACUGUUAUGAACAGGUACUGAGAUAUUAUCUCUAGUUUACUUGAAAGGUGUCUUUUAGUCUCCCGAUUCCCGGUAGCUUAUUUCAAUUUUAGGGCAAAAAUGUGCUGUUUUCCCAAACCAGCAUUUCU